AUGGUCAGCGGCCUGUGGCGCGGUGCGGGCGGGACCGUCAUCCUGGCCCUGGCCAUCUGGCUCCUGCUGGCCUUCAUCGUUGUCGUUCUCCUGUCCGUCAACGCGAUCAACACGGGCAUCGGCUUCGUGGCCAACUACCUGACGCAGUCGAUGGUGGAGAAGGAGCCGGACGACUUCUACAGGUGGCUCUCGAUCUACGCGAGCUGCUUCGUCUUCGCGCUGCCUGUGCUGACGCUUCAGUACUUCGUGAAGGCCAAGCUGGGGAUUCUCUGGCGGGAGUGGCUCACGUCAAGCCUGAUGGCUGGGUGGAUGUCGAACAGGGCGUAUUACGUGCUCAAUGCGAACGAUGAGGAGGCUGGGCAAGAGGGCGUGGACAACCCCGACCAGCGUAUCGCAGAGGAUGUCGACACUUUCACCACCAUGACACUCGAAUACCUGAUCGGCACGAUCGACUCCCUGAUGAUGUUCGGCAUGAACAUUCUCGUGCUGUGGAACAUCAGUCAUACACUCACGAUUGUCUUGCUGUCCUGGUCAGUAGGAAUGACUGCCGUUAUUCUUUUCCUGAGCAAGAACCUCGUGCGUGUCAACUAUCGCCAGCUCAAGUUCCAGGCAGACUUCCGGUAUGGACUGGUGCACGUGCGCGACAAUGCCGAGUCGAUCGCUUUCUACAGCGGCGAGGCCUCUGAAAGAGCCGAGAUGAGCAACCGCCUCGGCCAAGUGGUUGGGAACUAUAACAAACUCAUCAUAUGGACUGUAGGGAUAUCCGUGGUUAAGAGGAUGUACAGCUACGGCAAUGUGUUUGUACCGUACCUUGUCAUGGGUCCCUUAGUGCUCUCGGGGAAGUUGACGUACGGGGAUUUCUCGCAGGCGAACUUCACGUUCCGCAUGGUGGAGGACGCGCUGUCCUUCAUCGCGACGAGCAUCAACGAGAUGACUGCCUGGGUCGCGGGCAUUACCCGCCUGGAGGAGUUCCAGACCGCGGUCGGGCAGGUCGCGGCGGACGGCGAGGGCAAGGACGAGGACCGCCCGGCGCGAUCGGUGCGCCCCGCAUCGGCGAGCGGCGAGGGGGCGGCGGUGCUGGUGCACGGCGCAGAGCUGCGCACGCCUGGGACAGGCCAGCUGCUGAUCAGCGGCCUGAGCUUCAGCCUCCAGCGCGAGGAGCGCCUGCUGGUCGUGGGCCCCUCGGGCUGCGGCAAGACGUCGCUCCUGCGCAUGGUCUGCGGCCUCUGGCGGCCGGCGGCCGGCACGCUGGAGGCGCCGCCGGUGGGGGAGCUGCUCUUCGUGCCCCAGAAGCCGUACAUGGUCCUGGGCAGCCUGCGGGAGCAGCUCGCGUACCCCCUGGGCGAGGGCUCCUUCAGCGACGACCAGCUGCGGCGGGCGCUCCAGGAGGCCUGCCUCGGCCACUUCGUGGAGCGCUACCCGGACCUGGGAGUCAAGCAGGACUGGGCGCGGCUGAUGUCCCUGGGGGAGCAGCAGCGCGUGUCCUUUGCCCGCGUCCUGCUCAACGCGCCCAGCGUCGUGGUCUUGGACGAGGCCUCCAGCGGCCUCGACGUGGCCACAGAGCGCAAGCUCUACGACCUGCUGACCAAGCGGGGCAUCAGCUUCAUCAGCGUGGGUCACCGGCCGACCCUGAAGAGCUUCCACACCUGGGUGCUCGAGCUGCAGGGCCCGCCCACCGGCGGGUGGCAGCUGGUCCCAGCGGCCAGCUACGAGUUCAGCGCAUGA